AUGCAAUUGGCGACUCCUCUGAUCCAAGGUGCCUCGAUUGGCUGCCCCCGAGCUUUGGAAUGCUGUGCGUGCAUUCUGUGGCUACUCGGUUGGUGUUGUCUCACCAAGCUGGUUUCUGGAGAGCCCAGCCUGUACAUCCUGUGCUUGAGCGCGGCGGUCCACGUCCGAAUACCGCCGCCUUUGGGGCAAGGGCUGCCACUGCCGGACUUCCUCCUGAUCUAUCUUACAGGUCAUAGCACUGUCUAUGCCGUCUGCUUCGGAGGCCUGUUCUGGUGGAGUUCCUCCUCCUGGCGGCUUUGCUGGCUCCUGGCCUCGCUCUUGUGCUUCCUGGCGACCGCGCGCCGCCGGUGGGCGCUCUCCCGGCUGCCCACCGUGUCGUCGGACUCGAGGGCGCUGAGACCGUCGCAGCCCAUACUCACUCUUCUCCAUCCGUAUUUGUACUACUUUCUCUCGGAGCUGCCAGGGGCAUCAGAGGUUGUCCGCAUCCAAAGGAUGGAUCCACCAAGCCUGCGCAUGCCAAUCGAUGUUUGGCGCAGUUCUGCAGACUUGGCUUCCCGACCCGUGCUCUUCCUGAUCCAUGGCGGUGCAUGGCGAGGAGGCGAAGCACGGUGCUCACCGCAGGCCCCCGUUCUCCAAGCUCUGGCGUCUUCGGGCUUCCUCGUUGUGAGCUGCGAGUAUCGUCGCUUGCCAGGCACACAGUGGCCCAUGCAGCUGGAGGACUGUGAGGCGGCCUUCAAGUGGCUCCAAGACGAGGCGGCCACUCUGGGAGCUGACCUCUCCAAGGUCUCCAUUGCGGGCACCUCCGCCGGGGGACACAUCGCUGCUCUUCUCCUGGCCCGGAUGCUGAGCGAUCGGAGCGAGAACGCCGAGCACGGCAUCAGAGUCAGUGCCAUGCUGCUCUUCUACCCGGCCUUGGAUCCUGCUGAUCGCACCGGCAACACCGUAUGCUCCCCCUUCUCCUGCUCUUGCCUGGGUGUGAGGCGCGAGAUGAGCUUUCUGGCAUGGUACUUUGAGAAGUUUGUUCUUCAGGACCCUCAGCUUUGGCCGUCCGCGGAGCCCUUGGGGCUCCUCCAAUCGGCCAGCCAGGAGGUUGCCACAGUGUGGCCGCCGACCCUGAUCAUUCACGGAGAGAUGGACGGCGUGGUUCCUGUGGAGCAUAGCCGCUCCUUCUUGGCAUCCCUGGCCGCAGCGAGCGCAGGCGACAGCUGCGAAUCAGACACUGGAGGUGAUGGGAGCGGUCGCGAAUUCAGAAGUGUGGACAGGCUCUUGGUCGUGCCACUCGCCCGCCACAUUUUCGAGAUCGCCGCUGGCGAUCUUGCUAGCGCAUCGUACGAUGCAGCCAUCGGUUGGCUAUCGCAAGUGCAGGACAGGUGGCGCCAAGGGUCGCCCAUCAAAAAAAUUGUUCUGUGCUGUAGCGACAUUGACUCCUCUGCCCUAGUGGUCAUUUCUGCUUGUGCAACCGGAAUGUCCGAAGUGGAUGGCGCCAUGUCUCCUGGUCUCUUUCGGAGUUCUUACCAGCGCGACCUGGAAACUGCCAGGUCAUUACUGCAGAGACUGCGCAGAGGUCCUGCGAAUGAUGAAUCAAAUGGCUCGGAGAUUGCCCAGACAUCCCGCCCUUGUGCUCGGUUUCUGGUCUGGCGCGUGCUCGAAAACUGGGAUGGACAAGGUCUCUCCGAUCGACGGGCUUGUCUAGCGGUGAUUUUGGCGGAAGCGCUUCUGCUGAAUCGUGUGGCGGCCCUGCCGACCUUCACUUUGGCUGGUCAGCACAACAAUGGCACUUCACGGGCGUCGGACCUCAUGGAGUACCUGUCACUCCGACACAUCCCCGUCCAAACGGUGCCUCUGAAAAGCCUCCCUUCGAGGGUCUGGCAAGAUGCCAUGGACGUGCACGGCGAGCUGAACCCGGUACAGUGGAGAGACGUGUCUGCCUCCGCGCUGAUACGCUACAGCUCCCGGGAAGGAUUCUGGAAAUCCGGGAUCCAUGCCUCAGUGAUGAAACUCGCCGGCCUUUUUCAUGGUACAGGGAUGCAACCAACUGCAGGGCUUUUCGAUCCAUCCACCCGUGUGGCAGAGGCAGCUACUCAAGUCCGGCUGCGACUGGGACUGGGGCCUGCCUACAUUGGGGUUCACGUGAGGCGUGGGGACAAGCUCCUGAUCCCGGGCCUGGACUUGGCAACCACGCCUGAGGCAGUGGCCGAGCGAGUGGCACACCUGGCCCCGCCUGGCGUCCGAACGGUGUACGUCGCCACGAACGACACGCAGGCGGACUACGGCACUGCACUUCUCAAGAGGGGCUUCCAGUGCUUCAGCUCCCAUUGCUGGCUUCCUUCCGUAAGUGACAACUUCUUCCUAUUUGCGGUUGAGAUGCAGAUUGUUGAUGCUGCUUCCGUGAGCAUCCGAACCUUCAACGACUCCAUGCCGUGGUACAGGGCGGGUCUUGCGAAGCCGUCCCAUUGUUUGCUGGAUCGCAGCAUGCACGACUAUGUCUUUGGCUUCAGUGCCACGGGCUCUUGUUGCACCUGGCCCCAGAGCCUCGUGCUUCUUGACCCAGAAGCACUCUGGCAAACGGCUGCAGACGACAGGGCAGAGGAGACUCCGAGUGAGCCUGCGGUGGCGGAGCCGGUGACAAAAUACAGCAUCGUGGUCCUUGAGGGGCGGAGCUCCGAAGGAUCAAGGUGGUGGGAAUUUCCCGCCAGUAUUUGGCCCAUGGAGGCUUCCGGGAAAGUGCACGAAGUGACCCUUGAGUUCUUGGAGCCAUGGCUUCGAAGUGCCCCAAAAAGAGAAAUUUCCACUUGGACGGAGUAUUUCGGGGCCCUGGCAGCUUUCACAGAUGACAUUUCCGAGGGCUUGACACGGAGGUCUACGCUUUAUGGCUUUGAGAAUGUAUCAAGGAGGCACAGGCAUCUGACUUCCGCAGCUAUUCCUCGGCGAGGAGCAGUCUUCUGCUACGUUUCCGUUGGCAGGGUGUCGGUCAGGGACCAGUACGGUUCCUUCGACAUCGUCGCCGGACAGUAUUGCGUCGCUCCAGCUCCGGUUCGUUUUGAGCUAAGCAGCAAGACCAGACUGGUGGCCGUCCAUACACAUCCCUUCCAGCCUUUGCGAACUAUCGGGGGCCCGAUUGAAAGCAAAGGCCGACUGCGAUAUGUAGACGGAUGCAGCGACACGCUCUUGGUGGCUCCACCUAAGCUGUCGGAUCCGUGCCUCAACUUGCUUCAUUUCCCACCAGGGAUCCACCAGACAUUACACACGCAUCCUUCCGUGCGUUGCGGGCUCAUUGCAAGUGGAGCCGGAUAUUGCAUGGAUGGAGAUCAUCGCAAGAUGGAGCUGCAAGAGGGCAUGGUCUGGGCCAUCCCGAAGGAUGCCGUCCAUUCUUUCCAUACAGCAGAGUCGAAGGAAGAGUUGAACGUCAUCGCCUUCCAUCCCGACUCGGACUGGGGUCCUCUGGACGAGGACCAUCCCAUGCUGAAUCGGACAUGGGUGGACGGUGCCAAGAUUGACAACUGCACCGAAAGUCACCGAAGGGCCGAUAUGCUUCUUACGGACCAGUCGAGGGCCCUGCAUCUCGCAAGCUUUCUUCAGGCAAAUGUUGGCACAAAGCCGCCAGAGCCAGGAGCAGACUCUGGUUGUCGCGGACAUUGGGCUGUGCAUUUGGCGGUUCUGGCGGAUGACUUCCGCCCGAUAGAGCUGACGAAGGAACCUGCCGCGUCUGAUACGUCAAGCACGCAGUAUUGCCGAGCUGCGCUCAAGACUGAGCAGGCAGCGCGGUGCGGCCCGCAACAGUUGUCGCUUUGCAUCGGAGACACGAGGGCUGCAGAUGGCUCUUGCUCACAAGCUCGCAGAGUGAGGCUGGACACAAGCUCCGGCCUGCUGAGUGCGUUCUUCCACCAGCACCACGGGCCUUUUAUGUGCUUGCAACCCCUCACAAUCCCUUCGCAAUCCCUGGCUUUUCUCCUGUGCGCAGACCUGCGCAGAGCCAUGGGUUACCGCAUCGGGGGUCCCUGGGGCUCCGCUCCGCCCGACGCGGCGAAGAAGCGGCUUCAGGCCAAUCGCGCGGAUGAGAAUCGCUUCGUGACGACCUACAACAAAACCUUCUGCUUGUCAAAGUCGCAGUCAGCCACAGUGGUGAACCCACCCAAGAAGAUGCUGCUGCCGCAGAUUGGCGGCGAUGUGCAGAACGCUCCUUUCAAGGGCGCGCCCACUGCCGUGACUCAGGCAAACACGAUCAACCCGAUCGCGACAAUGUCCAUGACGAAGUCCAUGACCAAAUCGCUAUCAAACAGUUCGCUACAACUGGCAGGCCGUGCACUCUCGACAGAUGUAUUGAGGAUGAAUGCUUCCUACGAAGAGGUGACUGGAACUCUGAUGUUGAAAACCUUCAAGAACAGAGAUAUGCGUCGAAAGUGUCUUGAGCUCUUGGCAAGACCUGACCUUAGAGACAUCGCGCAGGACCUUUUCAAGCAGGCCGACGCCGACGGUAGUGGCGAGUUGGAGUUCCCAGAAAUCCAGAAGGUGUUGGAGAGGCUGCAUGACGAGAUGGACCUGCCGCUGCCGAAUCGGGAUUUGGUCGAGUCGUUGCUCAAGCGCUUCGACACCACUGGCAGGAAAGUCCUGGGGCAAUAUGAUUUUUACGAGUUGCUGGUGUCGCAGCUGCGGCGUAGCGCCUUUGACCGCGGAUCUGUGCUCGGAAGGGAGUUCUUUCUGACCAAAGGUAAGCAGGAUGUGUGGGAGGUCUUUCGCCGCGAGAAGCAACUGGGGACCGGCUCCUUUGGAACUGCCUACAAGGCCAAGCAUAUCAAGACUGGCGAGGAGCGAGUGAUCAAGGCAGUUAAGAAGAGCCGCACGGCUCUACCACUCGAUGAGAUCGAGCAGGAGAUCCUAAUCAUGAGGCAAAUUGACCAUCCAAACAUCGUCCGUCUCUUUGAGUGGUACGAGGAUGGAAAUCGGAUUUAUUUGGUCUUGGACUACUUGAAGGGCGGUUCCCUGAAAGAUGUCGUGCUGCAGCUCAACAAGAAGGACGAGAGAGGCCUUAAAGAGGCCUGGAUCCGUGAGGUCAUCCAGCAGUCUGCUGGGGGCCUGGCUUACUGUCAUGCGCUUCGUCUGAUUCACAAAGACUUGAAAGACGAGAACAUCAUGCUGCUGCAGAAGUCAGCCAACUGGGAGAAGCCUCAUGUGGUGAUCAUCGACCUUGGCGUCGCGGAGAUGUUCUCCAUUGCUGACCCUGCAGGUCGCAUGAUUGGCGGAACACCCACGACCAUGGCACCAGAGGUCUGGAUGGGAACAUUUGGCCCUAAAUGCGACGUGUGGUCACUGGGGUGCAUCAUGUUCGAGCUUUGCACGGGCUCGCUUCCCUUCAUGGCGACCACGCUGCAGCCCAGUGCCUGGACGCGGCUCCACAAACGUGGACCGAAGUGGGAUGAUAUGAAGACUUGUGCCGACAGCAAGGUACUCUGCAAAGCCAUGCUGCAGUAUGAUGAAGAGCAGAGACCUUCAAUGUCAGAAAUCCUGGGAAAACCCCCUCCGAGGAUUGCAGCCCACGAGCUGAAGUUUGUGCCGCCGGAGAAGUUCGCCAGCUUCCUGAAUGCUCACAAAAUGCACCGAGCAAGGCAGGGGCUCCUGCUGGAAAUCGCAGCCCGAUUGCCAUUCCGACGUGCUGGUGAGAUCAUUCGCAUGUUUUCGGAAGUUGACCAAGACAAGACCGGCACGAUUACUCUUGAUGAGCUCAGGGCCUAUUUCACAAAAGUCGGCAUCCACGACGAGGACCUGGACAAGACGUUUGCCACCCUUGAUGUUGACAAGGAUGGCCAGCUGUCCUUCAGCGAAUUUGCUGCCGGUGCGCUGCUACUUUACCAAGAUGCUCUGGAAGACGAACUGCAUUAUCUUUUCGAGACUUGCGACAAGGACAAUGAUGGCAUACUCAACAGCCAGGAGGCCGAGACUUUCCUGAGCAGUGUACGUGCUGCCACCGACCUGGGUGGCAGAGUCUCGUCCAGAACCGAGGCCUUCUUGCAAAGUGGGCAGAUCAGCUUCCAGCAGUUGCACCUUGGAUCCAGAUCACCAGCUAACUGCAACAGUCUAAGGAGAAAGAGUUCCAACAAGCCAAAUCGGCUAACAGUCCUGCUUUGUGGCCUCAGUAUGAGAUGGAGGGAGAGUCCAGAAGAGAUGAGGGAACUGCCCCAGGAAGGAUUUCUUGAUGGCGCCGCUGUCCUCUCGACCUUCAAGCGCAGCGUCCUCCCGCCUCUCUAG